AUGAAAAUGGCAAGAACUGUCCCCUUAUAUAGUAAUAGCGAAAUAGAAUUGAAAGAAUGCAAAGGAAUAGUAUUAGUUUUAUUUGAAACAGAAGAUGAGAUAAUAGAUGAUUUAUUUGAAAAUGCAAGUAAAUAUGCUUCAAUAUAUUUAAGAUUUGAUGAAGGAAAAUUCUAUUUAUUUGAAACAGGUAUUGAAUUUAGAAAGGAAAUAAAUAAAAAAGAAUUAAAGUACAUUGAUGCAAAUUAUGAUAUUGAACUUUCAGACAAAAUGGUAGCAAUAAUAGAAAAAAUAAAACCGUUCCAUGACGAUGUAUUCAUAAGCCAUCAUAAAAGAAAAUUGGAUUUGAAGAGAAAAUCAUUCGAUCGUGGUGAAACCGAUUUGUAUUAUUAUGUAAGAGAAAAUGAUAAGUUUAGAUUAUACUAUUCUAAAGAAACAAGACAAACUGCUAUCGUACACAAUUAUGAGAAAGGAAAAUUAUACGACAAACCUAUCAGAUUCAAGAGUUUUAGUGAAUUACAAAGAGAAAGAAUAUCUUGA